UCGCGGCUUUAUAGCUAAGCGAAGACACGGUGGGUAGUGGGAGGGGGGUUCUGGAAGGACAGCUCCCAACCCCCUUGGUGAACCCAAAGAUUUCCUCUACCCUCCUCCCCACUUCUCCCCUUUCUUCAUUGAAAGCCGUUUCCAGGGAGGAAGGGACUUCCGGAGCCCUACCGGAACCGGAAGCAUCGGGAGUGAGGGGGGAGGAGCUGAAAAAUCAAAAAAAGCGCGGCGAAGGCUGGAGUCCGGAGCUGGCUGGUGGCGGCCCCCAGGAGGGGUUGUGGAGGAUGCCAAUGGACUCCACUGCCUGCUUGAAGUCUUUGCUCCUGACCAUCAGUCAGUAUAAAGCCGUUAAGUCGGAGGCGAAUGCCACCCAGCUUUUGCGGCACUUGGAGGUAAUUUCUGGGCAGAAACUCACACGAUUGUUUACACCAAAUCAGAUAUUACCAAGUGAAUGCUUGAGUUGCCUUGUGGAGCUACUUGAAGACCCAAGCAUAAGUGCACCACUGGUCUUAAGUAUCAUCAGCUUGCUAUCUCAACUAGCUGUAGACAAUGAAACCAGAGACUGUCUUCAGAAUACAUAUAACCUGAAUAGCGUACUGGCAGGAGUGGUAUGUCGGAGCAGCACUUGCCAUAGUGAUUCGGUGUUUUUGCAGUGCAUUCAGCUUCUGCAGAGAUUAACAUACAACAUCAAAAUUUUCCAUUCUGGUGCCAAUAUAGAUGAAUUAAUUACCUUCCUGAUAGAUCAUAUUCAGUCUUCUGAAGAUGAGUUAACAAUGCCUUGUCUAGGAUUACUGGCAAAUCUUUGUCGACAGAAUCUUUCUGUUCAAACAUACAUAAAGACUUUGAAUAAUGUGAAAUCUUUUUAUCGAACUCUUAUAAGUUUCCUGGCCCAUAGUAGUUUAACUGUGGUUGUGUUUGCACUUUCAAUAUUAUCCAGUUUGACAUUAAAUGAAGAGGUUGGGGAAAAGCUGUUCCAUGCUCGAAACAUUCAUCAGACUUUUCAGCUAAUAUUUAAUAUACUCAUAAACGGUGAUGGCACAUUAACUAGGAAGUAUUCAGUUGAUCUACUGAUGGAUCUCCUUAAGAAUCCUAAAAUUGCUGAUUAUCUUACCAGGUAUGAGCAUUUUUCUUCAUGUCUCAAUCAAGUACUAGGUCUUCUUAAUGGAAAGGAUCCUGAUUCUUCUUCAAAGGUUUUAGAAUUACUUCUUGCCUUCUGUUCAGUGACUCAGCUGCGCCACGUCCUCACUCAGAUGAUAUUUGAACAGUCUCCAUCUGGCAACACCAUUCUGGGAAGCCGUUCUAAAUGUUUAGAACCUACAGUGGCUCUACUUCGUUGGUCAAGCCAACCUCUGGAUGGGUCAGAAAACUGUUCUAUUUUAGCCUUGGAUUUGUUCAAGGAAAUAUUUGAGGACGUUGUAGAUACUGCUAACUGUUCCUCAGCUGACCGUUUUGUGACCCUUCUGCUGCCUACAGUCCUUGAUCAACUUCAGUUCACAGAACAAAAUCUAGAUGAAGCCUUAUUAAAAAAAAAAUGUGAAAGGAUGGUCAAGGCCACUGAAGUUUUGUUAACUCUGUGUGGAGAUGAUUCUCUAAAAAUGCACGUUGCAAAAACUCUGACUACUAUCAAAUGUACCACUUUGAUAGAACAACAAUUUACAUACGGCAAGAUUGAUCUGGGGUUUGGAACAAAGGUAGCAGAUUCUGAAUUGUGCAAACUUGCUGCUGAUGUAGUUUUGAAAACUCUUGAUUUGAUGAACAGACUUAAACAGUUGGUUCCUGGUAUGGAAGUAAGCUUCUAUAAAAUCCUUCAGGAUCCACGCCUGAUUACUCCCUUGGCUUUUGCUUUAACAUCAGAUAAUAGAGAACAAGUACAGUCUGGACUGGGAAUAUUGUUGGAAGCUGCUCCACUGCCAGAUUUUCCUGCUUUAGUACUUGGAGAAAGUAUAGCAGCAAACAAUGCCUAUAGACAACAGGAAACAGAACAUAUGCCCAAGAGAAUGCCCUUGCAAUCUCUAAAUCACAGUCUUCCAACAUCAGUAAAAUGUUUAACUCCUCCACUUUUGAAAGCUAGAGUUCCAGGAUUGAACAUUGAGGAAUUAAUAGAGAAACUUCAGGCUGGAAUGGUGGUAAAGGAACAAAUUAAUGAUGUGAGAAUAUCUGACAUAAUGGAUGUAUAUGAGAUGAAACUGUCCACAUUAGCCUCCAAAGAAAGCAGGCUACAAGAUCUUUUGGAAGCAAAAGCUCUAGCCCUUGCACAGGCUGAUAGACUGAUUGCUCAAUAUCGCUGUCAAAGAACUCAAGCUGAGACAGAGGCACGGACACUUGCUGGUAUGUUGAGAGAAGUAGAGAGAAAAAAUGAAGAGCUUGGUGUGUUGCUAAAGGCACAGCAGGUUGAAUCAGAAAGAGCCCAGAGUGAUAUUGAGCAUCUCUUCCAACAUAAUAGGAAAUUAGAGUCUGUGGCUGAAGAACAUGAAAUACUGACAAAAUCCUACAUGGAACUUGUUCAGAGGAAUGAAACCAAUGAAAAGAAGAAUAAAGAUUUGCAGAUGACAUGUGAUUCUCUGAAUAAACAAAUUGAGACAGUGAAAAAGUUGAAUGAGUCAUUCAAGCAACAAAAUGAAAAAACUAUUGCCCAAUUAAUAGAGAAAGAAGAACAGAGAAAAGAAGUACAGAACCAACUAGUAGACAGAGAAUGUAAGCUAGCAAAUUUGCAACAAAAAACAAAAGUACAAGAAGAAAAAAUUAAAAUCUUGCAAAAAGAAAGGGAAGAUAAGGAAGAAACCAUUGAUAUCCUUAGAAAGGAAUUAAAUAGAACAGAACAGAUAAGAAAAGAACUGAGCAUUAAGGCUUCCUCACUAGAAGUUCAAAAGGCCCAAUUAGAAGGUCGUUUGGAAGAGAAAGAGUCAUUGGUGAAACUUCAGCAAGAGGAGUUGAACAAACACUCUCACAUGAUAGCAAUGAUCCAUAGUUUAAGUGGUGGAAAAAUAAGUCCAGAAACUGUGAAUCUCAGUAUAUAGAGGUUGCAUAUUUAUCUUCCGGGGGAGGUGUGGUAGGGAAGGUAAUUUGUGACUCCGAAACAAUAGCAAAUUAUUAUCUAAUUAUUAAUUUAGUAAAGAAUCUGAUCUGAUAAAUAUUUUUAUUUGGUCUUAAAAGUUUUACUUACGGUUUCUGGCUUUCAUUGCUUAAAGCUUUCUUUGGUUCUUAUAUUAGAAUAUUCUUCUUGCCCUACAUUAUUGUUUUUCGAGGGUUUUUCCCUUUUCCUUAGUUGCUUUCCACUCCCUUCUGCUUUUUAAUUUAUUCUCAUUUGUGAUUAGAUUUCAAAAUCAAACUUUCUUGAUGUAACAAUCCUAAAGAUUAAGAAAUUGAAAGUAGUUAUUAGUAUAAAAAGAGAAAGCGUGGCAUUGCCUGCAAAGUUUUUCUCUAAAUAGCACAAAAGAAUUCAGUAACUUUAAAAUAAUUUUAUUUUAAAAUGCAAUUUAAAAUUCAGUAAGAUAUAUGGUAUAAGUUCUAAAUUUGAAAAAAUGCAGAGUAGAGAAAUAAUGUGAAAAAAUUAGAAAAUAUCAGAUGUAUUAAAUGAAUACGUUGUCCCAUUUAAAAAGUGAUAAUUUGUAGAAUUAUUUGAGAUAGCCUUAGUUUUUUAUUCUUUUUAAAAUGUACCAUGUUCUGUCCAUAUCAUUUCUAAUCAAGAAUUUCUUUUGAUUUGCACCAGGAUAACUUGGAUUCCACAAUUGCUACAUAUUCAGACAUUUAUUAUUUGUUAAUUCAGAUGUGAAUUGCAUUUAAUAUAUUGUCUUUUGUUUAAAUAGUUUUUAAUUUGGCCAUUUAAUUUUAAAGCAUAGGUUGAAUAUCCUUAUUCAUGUAUUCUUUUAAUGCAAGGGAAUUUUUCAGUACUUUUCAUUUGAAUCAAAUGGUGUAAGUAGUGUUUAAGAAGAGUUUUUAUAUUAAUAUUUUAGUUGAUUUUAUUGCUAGUUUCCGACCAUUAAUUUUGCUUGGUGUUUUCUGCCCUAUUUGUAUCUUCAUGUGACUUAAGUGAACUUAGAUUUACUUCUGUUUUUCAACUAUAGUGUAUCUGAAUUUAUGUUUAGAAAUUAGACAUAUUUUCAUAAUUUGCUAAUUAUGUUAGGUAUCAAACUCAUAGUUUUAUUAUAUACUUGAAUACAUUUUGUAUAUUUCUGCAAAUUUUUUUGAAAAGCGUUGUACAGAGUAUCACAUUUUAGAUUGCUACUUGUUCUAUAAGGGGUUUUUUGAAAUUGCAGUCAUUUUCAAUUUUAUAUGAAAAAAUAUUUAAAUGAGUAGAUAUGACUGAAGAACAAAAGGCUUUGUAAAAUAAAACAAGAAGUUCUGAAAAAUAAAGUAAUGAACCAAAACCUAUAGGGAAAAUCAAACUAUCUAUACAAUGUAGACACUUUUAAGAAGACACUGAGCCUAGCCCACUGCUGCCCAGUAGAACUUCUUGUAAUGUUGGAAAUAUUCUAUGAUACACUGUCCAGUAUCAUAGGCUUUAGCCAUAGGUGAUUUUUGAGCACUUAAAAUAUGAUUAGUUCAACUGAAGAAUUUAGAUUUUAACUGCCAUCCUGGGGACAGUGCAGAUCUAGUCCAUUCUUGUAAGUAUGCAUUUAUAUAAAACAUUCAAUUUGCCUAUUUUUGAAGAUCUAUGUAGGCAGAGACUCCACAUAUUUGUUAGCAACCUUUUUUUUAAUACAACAAUUUUAAUGUGUCAUUCUUGAUCUCUCUAAAGAGAAAUAAAUGUACUUUAGCUUUAAAGGUGAGUACUAAUCAACAUCCCCUUCAUUUUUUUCUGUUUAUCCUAGUCUGUCUCUUAUAGCAUCUUUCAUAUUGUCCCUUUUAGGCUUGUGUACCUCAGGUUAAAAUAACAAAGAGUGUGUGUGUGUGUGUGUGUGUGUGUGUGUGUGUUUUCUUUUUUAAAAAACUUUAAGUUUGAGCCACACCAUAGAGUUUUACAAAUGAUUUCUGUGUGUCUAUGUGUGUAUGACCAUUUCCUAAUGGAGAAAGUAGAACUAAGUAAAUGUAUCAUUAUAUUAGAAUUGUUCAAAUUCUCUAAAAAUCUUGCUAUGAAGAGUUUGUUCAAGUGUACAUUAGCACAGUUCCUUUUGCCAUUUACAUUUGCCACUUGACUAGAUACAGACUUCUCUUAAAUUGGACUGAUUGAAGUUUAUACUAAACUCUCUUUUUAAUGUCAGGGCAAAAACAAAUAAUCAUUAAAACUUAAUGCUGUGUUUUGGGGGGAAAUUGUCAGAUUAGUAUCCUUUUAUUUGUAUUUAUUUGUUUUAAAUUCUAGUUAUUUAUGUUAAGGAUAUAACAUAAGACUCUCUUGAGUUAGGACUCUUAGUUAAAUGAGAAUGUUUGACUUCCAACUUCUACCAGAGGCUCAUUCACAUAUGUUAAGGUACUUCUAAUCAAGUUAUAUUCCCUAAAACUCAUAACCUUUAAUUUGAUCUGUUUCCUCUUUUCAAAUAGUUACGAAUUGUGUUUACGGCCUUACUUCUGAUUUACAUACUGAUGAACCGAACACAUGCCCUGUUUGUGACUUAAUUUAUAGGAGUCAGCAAACAUUUUCUAUAAAGGGCCAGAUAGUAAAUAUUUCAGGCUUUGUGAGUCAUCGUGUCUCUCUUACAACUACUUAGUUCUGCAGUGGUAGCAAGAAGCAGCCCUAGACAGUACAUAAAUAGGCAUGACUCUGUUCUAAUAAAACUUUAUUUACAGAAUCAGUCAAGGCUUUGCUAUUGGGUGUUAUAUCUUACGGAUUAAUUGGCCCUUUUAUCAUUAAGAAAGAUGUCUUUAUCUCAGUAAACUUUAUCUUGAGGUCUGAGGUCUUUUUAAAUUGGUAUAUGAAUAUAGCCACUCCAGCCUUUUUAUGUUUUCUGUUGUCCUCGUAUAUAUUUUUCUAUCCAUUUACUUUUAACCUGUGUCGUUAUAUAUAAAUUUACAACUGUAAAUAAUAUAUAGUUCGGUCUUGCUUUUUUUUUUAAUCUAUCUUGACAAUCACUUCACAAUCCACUUAGAGUCAAUAUUAUACUAGUUAGUAUAAAAUGUAGACGCCCCGUAACUGUCUUGGUCCUUUUAUGUUCUCCUCAUCCUUCAUGUUAUAGCUGACAUAUAUAUCUAUAUAUAUUAUUGAACCUGAAAACAAUGUUAUAAUUUUUGCUCUAAAUAAUUAUUUGGAAAUACCCUGGCUCUCAACAUCAUAUUUAUACAUAACAAUACACAUAAGUAGUAUCUUCAUUAUAACACUAUUUUUUUUUUCUUUUGAAAUAAUAAGUUAACUUGUAGGGAGAUAGUACAAAUACCCUGUUUCUUCUAACUUUCACCCACGAGUUUCAACCUCCAUUGAUAAUUCUUGCUUGAAUCAGUUAUUACUCUGAUGGCUGCCACUUUUGUUUCAGAAACUUUUGUUGGAAGAAAAUGGAACAUAUUACCCAUAAUGAUAAAUAAGUGUUUUCUAUUAAGAAACAAAUUGUAUAUUUUCAGCGUUCACUGAGUUUACAUUCAAGAUAAUUAAUUUUUAAAAAAUGAACAAAUAAAAAUAUGACCUAUGCCUUUAAAAGGUAGAUGGUUUAUUUUUUAUAAUAUGGAUAAUGAUUGUGCUAAGUACUUGAAAUUGUAUGCUUCUGUCAUCCAUACUUUGAGAUGAAACAAAAAUUUUUAAAAAUCAUGGAUUUCUUUGAAUCUGCAAAUCACUUUAAAACUUUUUUUUUUUAAAGAUUUUAUUUACUUAUUUAUUUGACAGACAGAGAUCACAAGUAGGCAGAGAGGAGGAAGCAGGCUCCCUGCUGAGCAGAGAGGCCGAUGCGGGGCUUGAUCCCAGGACCCUGGGAUCAUGACCUGAGCCGAAGGCAGAGGCUUCAACCCACUGAGCCACCCAGGCGCCCCCGCUUUAAAAUCUUAAAGUCUUACGCUGUUCAGCAUUUUGUAGUUAAUUGACUUUCUUCCUGUAAUGCAAAGACUGAGGCUGGUUUUGUUUAUAUUUGCAUUCAUCUAAACAUUUCAAAAAUACCCUAAGAAAACUUAAUUAUCACCAUGACUAAGCGGUACCAUAAUUAUCAGAAACCAGCUUUUCUUCACAUUGAACUACAAAUAGCCCAUCAUAAACAUCAUUAGAUGUGAGAAGUAACUUUCCUCCCAACUAAAUACAUAUUUUUAGUUAUCUUAAUUCCCCAAGGACCUAAUGUUUAAUGUUCUUGGUAUCUCCAAAAAAAAAAAAAAAAAGAUAAUCUUGGGAUAUACAGCAAAGGGCUUUUUAUGUAAGGUCUAGCCAGUGCUGCAUAAGAAAGUGACAUUUUCAACGUCAAUAGAGUAGGUUGGGUUACAGUUUUAUUAUGUUAUUAAAAACUAAUUUUCCACUAAGUAGCUGGGCAUUUGGCAGGGAUUUAGUAGUGAAUAUGAUUCUCCCUCUCCAUUAUAUUAUCUACAGUACUCCAAGAAUUAUAUUUCAUCUCACUAAUCUCAAAGAGCCAAAAGAUAAAGGUAUUAGAGUAACCUUAUGCUUUCCUCAAACUUCAAAUAAAAAGGCUUAUGAUUAGCCCUAGGAAAAGACAACACUGUUCAUGUUCAAUUAGGCAGGGUUUUCAUUUACCCACAAAUAAAGACUGGUAUUAACUACUACACACUAAUUUAUAUAAAACCCACAGUUAGAGCAUGUUAGAGCUGAAAGGAUUCUUAAAGAACAGUAAAGCCAGGCCCCCUGUGUUUCAAAAAGAUUUAAACUUUAUAUUACAUUUUCAGAAAAGAAGUCUGGUGAUUUAAACAUACUGAUCAAACUACAUAAUGAAAAAAUAAACAUGGAUUUUGAGCAGUUUCAUUUCUAGUAUUUUGUCUUAGGAUGUACACUAAGAGGAUAUACAUUACAACAGGUUAUUAUAAUACAAAAUUGGAAAUAACCUAAGUAUACAGUGUAAAAUACGUUUCUUAAAAUAAGUCUUUUUAAUAAAUGGAUUGAAAUAUAUGGGCACAUGGAAAGAGAUCCCUGGUAUGUUAUGGGGAAAAAGCAUGAACCAAACUCUUUGUAAGCAGUGAUUCCCAUACCUGCAUAUCUUUAAGAUAGAUAGGUAUGUAUAAAUAUGCAAUACAUAAAUAUAAAUGGUAAACAAUGGCUGCCUUUGAGUAAAGAAAUUGAUUUUAUUGUCUGUUUAUCUAAAAUCUGUAACUAUGUGUUACUUAAAAUUUUUUAAAGCCAUGUUUUAAAUCAUGAGUUUUGUAACAACAUUGAAAUUUAACUUUUAGCUUUACCUAAGGAAAAUUUCAUCUGUAAAAUGAAGAUAAUGUGUACUUUAUAGAUUUGUUAUUAUUUUUUAUUUUUCUUACAAAUACAAAAUAAGGAGGUGCCUAGAUGGCUCAGUUGGUUAAGCAUCCAACUCUUGGUUUCAGCUCAGGUCAUGAUCUCCGGAUCAUGGGAUCUAAUCCCUGUGUGGGACUCCAUGCUUAGCAUGGAAUCCACUUGGGAUUCUCUUCCUUUCCCUGUGCCCCCCCCCAACUCUUGUGCUCUAAAUAAAUAAAUAAAACCUUAAAUACAAAAUCAA